AUGAGGCCUACAGUGGACAGAAUGUUCGCUUCGACGUCACAAAGAAAUGAUGAUGGUUUGCGGGCGUCUUACAAUAUCUCGUUACUUAUAGCAAAAUCCGGAAAACCGCAUACUAUCGGAGAGAAGUUAAUUUUACCAGCCGUUGAAGAGGUUUUAAAAACUGUUUUACACAAACCUGCAUCUGAUAUCAUUAAAAGAAUUCCCUUAAGCAACAAUACUGUUGAAAGACGUAUUGAUGAAAUGAGUUCUGAUAUUGAAAGCUUCUUAUGUAAUUAUUUGGAAACGGCCCAUUUGCCUAUACAAAUGGACGAGUCAACUUUACCGAUAAUGCAGCAUUAUUAUUGGCAUAUGUUCGUUUUAUUAUAA